AUGAGCACACGAGGGGAAGGAGCCGGCCAGCCUUCCACUUCCACUGCUGCCCAGGAGCAACCUGCAGCCACAGCGCCUCAGAAGAGAGGACGGGGCAGACCCAGGAAGCAGCCACAAGAACCAACUGGAGAACCAUCUCCUAAAAGACCAAGAGGAAGACCAAGAGGAAGCAAAAACAAGAGUCCCUCUAAAGCAGCUCAGAAGAAAGCAGAAGCCACUGGAGAAAAACGACCCAGAGGCCGGCCCAGAAAAUGGUGGAAGAAUAAAAGAGAAAGCCCUGUCUCCCCCACUGACACUCACGCUGAUGGUCUUGGCUGGGAAACAGAUACUGUUGGCAGAGAUCAGAGAGGAACUCACAGUGGUAGCAGAAGAAAAGAAUUUGGCAGGGAGAGCCACGUAGUCUGCAGUGAUCUGCUCAAGGUCAUUCUUGGCAGUAUCAUUGGUGCCUACGUGGACAAGCAAGAAGGGUUAGCGAUCCGAGGGAUUGAUGAGUCUCGGCAGUCUCUCCGUCACAUCAUGAAUCCUAGCUCCUGGCAAGCAGCAUACUUCUCGGUUUUCCCAGUCAGGCCGGCAGACAGAUGA